AUGGCCUCAGUAGCUCGGUCGCUGGGCCGCUCGGCCUUCUUCCUGGCCCGGAGAGGGCCUAUCUUCACCCCCGUCCGCCAAUUCUCCGCGACGCCCAUCUCCCUCGUCUCAGAAGAUCCGCCCGUCCCUGAGGAGCCCAAGCGCCCUCGUCCGCAGGACCUGCCCCCGGCACCCGAAUACUCGCCUGAUUUCCUCUCGAAAGAGGAGCGGGAGCAAUAUGACUUAAUGUCUCCGCAAGAGCGAAAGGCGUUUGACGAAGCGAACCGUGCUCUUGUCUCCGAAUACAACGACCCCCAGGCCCGUGCCGCCAUGUUCGCCGAGCUCGACAAGGAAGUCUUCCAGAUCGAAAGAGAAACACAUAUGCGUUUCGAGGCCCCGAGAGUCCGAUCGAACGGAUUCUGGGCGGACGAAGAACCGGAUGAUCUGGCUCUCGUUGAGGACGGUGAUGAGGAUUUCAACGAUGACGAAAUGACGAGCAUGGCCUACGCACAACUCGAACAGCAUCGUGAAAUCAGAGAAUACGCUCGAAUCGCCGCUUGGGAUAUGCCAUUGCUGAGCAAGCUCGCCAAACCCUUCACCCUCCCUCCCGAAUCUCACAUCCUCCGCUUCCGCUACACAACAUACAUGGGCGAGCAGCACCCCGCCGAACCCAAGGUCGUUGUGGAGCUGUCCUCCAAAGAUUUGACCCCCAAAUACCUCACCGAAGCGCAACGUCAGACCUUCCUCAAACUCGUCGGUGUCCGCUACAACCCCCAAACCGAUAUUGUGCGCAUGUCUUGCGAGAAAUUCCCACUCCGCGCCCAAAACAAGCGUUACCUUGGUGACACCAUCAAGUCAUUGAUCAAGGAAGCGAAGGAGGGCGACUCGUUCGCCGACGUCCCUCUCGAUCUGCGUCACCACAAGCCCAAGGUUACGCACCGCUUCCCCGAGUCUUGGGUCAUGACACCCGAGCGCAAGAAGCAGCUGGAGGCCACUCGUGCUGAGAGACAGCGUCAGGAGCAGGAGCGGGUGGACGGCAACAAGGUCGUUCUGCAGGCGGCGCGGACCCUGCCGGCUUUGAACCCUGCGUUGAACGCAAAGGCCACGGAAGAGCGGGAGAAGGUUGCGGUGAAGGUCAAUGCAAAGGCUCAGCGGAAGAGGGUUCGGUGA